ACAGACGAGUGUGCUGCAAGCAAUGCAAGCUGCAAUAACGAGACCAUAAUCACUGUGGAUGACCUCCGACGCUUUGGCCUGCCCAAGCUCAACAAGAUGGUGCGCGACUACUACGAGAGUGGUGCGGAGGAGCAGACACUGCGAGAAAACGUAGAAGCCUUCAAGAGGUGGCGGAUGCUGUACCGCGUCCUUGUGAACGUGAGCCAAAGACACCUGAACACGACUGUACUCGGAAAGCGCGUGAGCAUGCCCUUCGGCAUUGCGCCAUCGGCCAUGCAGAAGAUGGCACACUCUGACGGGGAGAACGGCACUGCUGUGGCCUCCGAAGCAGCGGGUACGGUGAUGAUCUUGAGCACCCUGAGCUCGACGUCCCUAGAAGAAGUCAGAUCAGCCGCGCCAGACGCCACGCUCUGGUUGCAGCUGUACGUCUUCAAGAACCGGACCCUCACGCAGGAGCUCGUACGGCGAGCCGAGUGCGCGAACUUCACGGCAGUGGUGUUGACGGUGGACGCACCGACGUGGGGACAAAGGAUCCCAGACGUCCGCAACACCUUUGUGAUACCCAAUGGCAUCAGUUUAGGUAAUUUCGACGACUCCAUUUACGCCAACUUCAAUAUGACGAAUGCCACCAGCGGCUCCGGUCUCACCAAGUACACGAACGACUUCUUCGACCAGUCGCUGACGUGGCAGGAUGUUGAUUGGCUCAAGAAUAUCACGUCGCUACCCGUGGUGCUCAAAGGAAUCAUAACCGCAGAGGACGCCGAGCUUGCUGUGCAGCAUGGCGCCCAUGCCAUUCUUGUGUCCAACCAUGGAGGUCGACAGCUGGAUGGAGCACCGGCCACUAUCGAGGCAUUGUCGGCGAUCGUGCAAGCCGUGGGGAACCGCACGGAGGUCUACCUGGACGGUGGCGUGCGGACAGGAAGUGACGUCCUCAAGGCGAUUGCCCUUGGUGCCAGAGCUGUAUUCGUCGGUAGACCUGCGCUCUGGGGACUUGCCUACAACGGAACCGUUGGCGUCAAGAAAAUGCUGGACAUCUUUAGGACGGAACUUUACAGGGCUCUAGCACUCAUGGGUCACUCAUCCGUGGACACUCUUCGGCCACAUAACUUGAUUCGCCAGGAACGCUAUGGCCUUCUAUAAAAGGCUUCUGGUAGUGCGAACCCUACUACGAAAUGCCAAAUAGCUUACGCAAGAAACAUGAAAUACUGCGCAUUAUCAACGGGAAAAGAAACUAAAGGCCCGACAUAGCGCACUGUCGUGUCGCUAAUCCCCCUUAUUUCCACGCAUUUAUAGCGCGGCGUUUCAACUUCUCAGCGAAAAUAAUUCUGAGUCUGAAAAAG